AUGGCGUCCGAUGAUCCUGAAAUCGAGGUCAUCUCCGAUCCAAAUUCCCUGCACAAUGGGAACCCUAGCUCCGGGGAGGUCCGGAACUUCAUAGAGAGGGAGGGGCACACCGUCUCUAAGCCCGAUGGCAAUGGCUACCACGCCCUCCAGUGGGCCACCCUCAAUAACCACGUCGACGUCGCUCAGUAUAUCAUCAAGCAUGGUGGUGAUGUGAACGCGGCUGAUAACACGCAACAAAUAGCGUUGCAUUGGGAGCCUGUCCGAGGAUCGGUGGCCAUCGCGAACGCUCCAGAAACACUAUCGGGAGAACGAAACACCAGAUGA